AUGACUAGUGUGCUGUCCUCAGCGAGGACGACUUUCAAUAUUUAUUCGACAGUACGCCUUUUCGGUUCAUCAGCACGACGACAAGCGAGGUUUCGUGGUUCGGGUACUACAGCUAACGCUGGCAAUAAUGGUGCAUCAUUAAAAGAAAUUGGUCGUUUACUUCCACUCAAGAAGCUUUCUGAGGGUCCGUACGAUGCUGGACAGUUGUUUCUGCAUAAGGUAUUUGCCUAUCGCGGUAUUGUUAUUUGCUCAUUCAAGUGCCCGUUACACGAAAAACCAAAGACGUCACCAAAAGGUGAUGUGAUAUCAAAAACUGAUGUUUUGCCUUAUUAUCAGGUAUUGAUACAUCGUGGUGAUUGGCGAUCCAUGCGUUUUCCAGUGGAUAUAACGACGUAUUUGGGUGAAGCGAGUGUUCGUGGCGAAAAGUUAUUGACGGUGAUAAAUGGUAUGGAUUGCGUGGCACACGACGAAAUUAUUCCAUUCAGCUCAAAUGAAACAAAACCGAUUGAUCAUGAUCUGUUCGACCGAAUCUUCGAAGUUGUACCCGAUAAACUGAAUCAGAAAGGUUUUUUUGCUCACAAUCUUAAGCCAAUAAUUCUCUCCCGAUGCUGUCAAUCAUUUAUUUCUGUUAUUGAUAUUUUAUUGAUAAGAGAUCGUGUUGGGAUCGGUAAUAUGGUUGAUAUUGUAUGCGGCUUAGGAGAUAUUCAAGCAAACAUGGCACUAUCGGAUCAUUUGUAUAUCUGA